AGGUGGCUCCUUCCAACACCAGACGGGCGCGCUCUGGUGCUGUCGGGAGCGCGCGCGGCUGGAAGGCCGUUGUUGACUGCGGCCGCCCAUCAGCACCCCGCAGCGCUGCGGGUUCUCGUAGGAGCGCAACUGCCCGGAAGCUGCCCGCCCUCCCCCCGCCGGAGGCGCCCCGAGGGGCUGGAAGGAGCCGGCGCGGGAGCUGACUUAUCCCCUAGUCAGUUUUACAGAGAUUGGGACACUGCCAGCAAAAUAGCAAGAUGAGUAAUCGUCGAAAGCGUGCGCCUCCACUGAGGAUGGAUGAAGAGAAAAAGAAGCAACUCUGUUGGAAUAUGCAUGAAGACCGAAGGAAUGAGGUAAUACUAUUGGAUGAUAACAUGGAUGAAGACCACCCUGUUCCAGGUCCAAGCACCUCUUCUGUAUCCUUUGUUAUAGAUGAUGAUAGCAUUGAUGAAGGACUGGCUUACAGAGAAAACAGAGGGUCAAAGUCAGUGGGUUUCUCAACAGAUGACGGAGAAGACUCUUGCUCCAUCUUGACCUCUAUAUCUGUACAGCUAAACAUUGUAGUCUUGCCUUACCAUUCAGACAAUUCCUGGAAAGCUUUACUUGGAGAAUUUGUUCUUCAGCUUUUUCCUCAGAAAAUUCUUAUUGAGAAGAUCCAUAAAAGGAGUUUUACUUUGAUGAGAACAGAUUCUGGUGAUCAGCUGCAAAUCUGUCUUCAUGCAAGAAGUGGAGAAGAAGGGGGUGAGGAGGAAAAAGAAAGCCUAGGUGAUUAUGAAGAGGGCAUAUUGGUGGAAUCAUCUCUCAAUAGUGAAAUGUUAGAAGACUUGAGAUGGUUGCAAAAGAAGAAGGUAAUUGGACUUUAUCAAAGACCUAGAGAAGAUCAAGCAUUAAAGGUUGGAAUUUACCUUCUGGAAGCUGGCUUAAGCAAAUCAGAAUUUCUCAGUGAUGGAGGUGGGAGAAUAAAAAAGGCCAACCAGCUGAUUCAGAAACUAAUGGAAAAGUACUAUAACUUUAUAAUUCCAGAUGUGUUGGAGGAGGACGAGGAAGAAUCUGACAGAGAGCUGGAACGACAGAAUAUUGAAGAGCUGUAUGACUUUGUGAGGCACACACAUCAGCAGGAAAUCCAGUUUUUGAGGGAGGAUGUACAGCACUCUGCAUUAAUUCCAGUACUGAGGCCAUACCAAAGUGAGGCUGUGAACUGGAUGUUGCAACGGGAGAAUUUCAGAAACAACCCUACCAAUGAAAACACACUACACUUUCUAUGGCGAGAGGUCAUCACUCCAGAUGGAGUAAAACUCUACUAUAAUCCAUUUACUGGCUGCAUUAUCCGUGAACACCCAGUUGCAGGGCCUCCGUGGCCUGGAGGAAUUCUGGCAGAUGAGAUGGGUCUUGGAAAGACAGUAGAGGUACUGGCUCUUAUUCUGACACACACCCGACGAGAUGUUAAACAAGAUGUUCUGACACUACCUGAGGGUAAAUUGGUGAACUUCUUCGUUCCACCCCAGCCUACUGAAGGAAACAAAAAGAAAACAAAGAAAGUGGAGCUUAAGUCAAAGGAGAAAGUACAGUAUCCCAGCUUACGGGUGAUGAUCUUAGCAGCUGUCAAGGAAAUGAAUGUGAAGAAGGGAGCUUCCAUCAUUGCAAUAUUUAAGUAUGUCAGUGCCAUAUAUAGAUAUGACAUACAGAGAAACCGGCGUCUUCUCAAAAGAACUUUGGAAAAACUAAUUGCAGAACAAGUAGUAGAGCAGGUUAAAGGUCAUGGUCUGGCUGGAUCUUUCAAGUUGGGGAAGAAUUACAAAGAACAAAAGAGGCAUGAGAGAACCAAAAAACAGACAACAAGGAGUUCUGGAAGGAUUCAGAAGACAUCUUUGCCUAAUGCUAAAACUCAAACCAAAGAAUCAGCAAGUAAGGUCACAUCUUCAGAAAAAGUCAAACCACCCCGGCUGGUGGACAUUCCUGCAGAAGACCAUGACUACUGUACAACUAGCAAAAAUAACAAAAAGUCUGAGACAGGCCAAAAGAUUUGCAUAAAAGAAGAAAAUCUUCAGCCAAGAGUUAUGGACUUGGAGUCUGCUGAUUUGCAAGGCGACCUCAUGUCCAGUGAUUCCACCAAUCCUGUCCUCACUGCAUCUAAAAAUACAGAUGAUGCGGAAGUCCUAAAGGACCAGUCUUCAGACUCCCAAGAACGUGCUGGCAGUGUCAUACAGCAUGCCAGUUCCAUUUUUCCAUUCAACACCUCUGACUAUCGUUUUGAAUGCAUUUGUGGUGAGCUUGGCUUGGUUGACUGCAAGGCCCGUGUGCAGUGCCUGAAGUGCCACCUAUGGCAGCAUGCUGAAUGUGUAAACUACAAAGAGGAAAACUUGAAGAUUAAGCCCUUUUAUUGUCCCCAUUGCCUAGUAGCAAUGAAACCAGUUUCUACAGGAGCCACUCUGAUAAUCUCUCCAAGUUCCAUCUGCCAUCAGUGGGUGGAUGAGAUCAACAGGCAUGUGAGAUCAUCUUCCCUUCGAGUCCUGGUGUAUCAAGGUGUGAAGAAACAUGGCUUCUUGCAGCCUCACAUGUUAGCAGAGCAGGAGGUAGUCAUCACCACUUAUGAUGUCCUUCGCACUGAGCUGAACUACGUGGACAUCCCUCAUAGUAACAGUGAAGAUGGGCGCCGUUUCAGGAACCAGAAGCGGUAUAUGGCCAUCCCAAGUCCCUUAGUAGCAGUAGAGUGGUGGAGGAUCUGCCUAGAUGAAGCACAGAUGGUUGAAUGCACCACUGCAAAGGCUGCAGAAAUGGCACUCCGUUUGAGUGGAAUCAAUCGCUGGUGUGUCAGUGGCACUCCUGUACAGCGAGGAUUAGAAGAUCUAUAUGGCUUAGUGCUUUUUCUUGGAGUUGAUCCUUACUGGGUCAAACAUUGGUGGGAUCAGCUUCUGUAUCGACCUUACUGUAGGAAAAAUCCUCAGCCUCUCUACAACCUAAUUGCCAACAUAAUGUGGAGAUCAGCAAAGAAGGACGUGAUUGAUCAAAUUCAGAUUCCCCCUCAGACAGAAGAUGUACACUGGCUUCACUUUUCUCCUGUGGAGAGACACUUUUAUCAUCGUCAGCAUGAAGUGUGCUGCCAAGAUGCACUAGCAAAACUCAGGAAGAUUUCUGAUUGGACUCUUAAACUUAGCAGCUUGGACAGGAGGACGGUCACUUCUAUUCUGUACCCUUUGCUGCGGCUGAGGCAGGCCUGCUGUCAUCCACAAGCUGUUCGUGGGGAAUUCUUGCCAUUGCAGAAAAGCACCAUGACCAUGGAGGAGCUACUGACUUCACUGCAGAAGAAAUGUCGAACCGAAUGUGAGGAAGCCCAUCGACAACUGGUGUGUGCUCUCAAUGGUUUAGCUGGUAUCCAUAUAAUUAAAGAUGAAUAUGCAUUGGCAGCAGACCUGUACAGAGAGGUGUUGCGUUCCUCUGAAGAGCACAAAGAAAAGCUCAAAACAGAUUCGCUGCAAAGACUUCAUUCUACACACAACCUGAUGGAACUACUGGCAGCAAAGCAUCCAGGGAUACCACCAACCUUGCGUGAUGGCAGACUUGAGGAAGAGGCUGAACAACUUCGACAACAUUAUAUGAGUAAAUCCAAUGCAGAAGUUUCAGAAGCUCAUCAGGCCUUGCAGCCAGUGCUACAGACCAUUCGUGAGCUCCAGAGAAAGAUACAUUCUGGGUCGCCUUGGUGGUUGGACGUGAUCCAGACAGCAAUACAAUAUGCCGUUGAUGAGGAGCUUGUUCAGCGUGUGCAAAAUGAGAUAACCAGUAACUACAAACAGCAAACUAAUAAACUCUCCAUGGCAGACAAGUUCCGUGACUGUAGAGGCCUUCAGUAUCUGCUCACAACCCAAAUGGAGGAGGUGAAGAAGUUCCAGAAGCUUGUAAAAGAAGCUGUGAAAAAUCUAGAAGGUCCUCCCUCUAAGAAGGUUAUUGAAGCUGCCACUAUCUGCCAUCUGCGACCUGUUAGACUUCCUUUGAACAAUUGUGUCUUCUGUAAGGCUGAUGAGCUGUUCACAGAAUAUGAGUCAAAGCUGUUCUCUCAUACUGUGAAAGGCCAGAUGGCUAUCUUCGAAGAGAUGAUAGAAGAUGAAGAAGGGCUGGUUGAUGACCGUUUGCCCACCACAAGUCGAGGACUAUGGGCCGCAAGUGAGACAGAGCGCUCCCUAAAAGCCAUACUGUCUUUUGCCAAAGCUCACCGAAUGGAUGUUAGACUAAUUGAAGAAGGGAAUACAUUUCUGGAACUCUUUGAAGCAUGGAAGAAGGAGUACAAGUUACUUCAUGAAUAUUGGAUGGUACUGAGGGAUCAUGUUUCUGCUAUCGAUGAACUUGCUAUGGCUACAGAACGGCUCCGAGUGCGUCAUCCUGAUGAGCCAAAGCCUAGCCCCCCUGUUCUUCACAUCAUAGAACCACAUGAGGUAGAACAAAAUCGAGUAAAACUUUUGAAUGACAAGGCAGUUGCCAAAUCACAGCUUCAGAAGAAACUAGGCCAGCUCCUAUAUCUUACUAAUUUGGAGAAGUCUCAGGAUAAAACUACUGGAGGCGUUAAUCCAGAACCGUGUCCAAUUUGUGCCCGCCAACUGGGAAAACAGUGGGCAGUGCUGACAUGUGGACAUUGCUUCUGUAAUGAGUGCAUAGCUAUUAUUAUAGAGCAGUACAGUGUUGGCACCCGCAGAAGUUCUAUUAAAUGUGCCAUCUGCAGGCAGACAACUUCUCAUAAAGAAAUAUCCUACGUCUUCACUGCAGAGACUGCAAACCAGGAGGAUGAUAUUCCUGUGAAGGGAAGUCACUCCACCAAAGUGGAAGCUGUGGUUCGGACUCUGAAGAAAAUCCAGUUUAAAGAUCCAGGGGCUAAAUCUUUAGUUUUCUCAACGUGGCAAGAUGUUUUGGACAUAAUUUCAAAAGCUCUAUAUGAUAACAACAUGGUGUUUGCUCAGAUAAAUGGAAUUAGUAAAUUUCAGGAGAACCUCUCGGCAUUUAAAUAUGAUCCCAAGAUCAAUAUUUUGUUGCUACCCCUUCAUACUGGUUCCAAUGGAUUAAAUAUAAUUGAGGCAACUCAUGUUCUGCUAGUGGAGCCCAUUUUGAAUCCUGCACAUGAACUUCAGGCCAUUGGCAGAGUGCAUCGUAUUGGACAAACAAAGCCCACCAUUGUUCACAGGUUCCUGAUAAAAGCAACAAUAGAAGAAAGAAUGCAGAUGAUGCUGAAAACUGUAGAGAGAAGCCACACCAGCUCUUCCAUGAAACAGUCAGAAGCCUCAGUGUUGACAGUGGCUGAUCUGGCAGACCUUUUCACAGAAGAAACUGAAGAACUUGAGUGAAACAACUUUGAUUUGACUCAGUGAAAUCAGAAGGGACAUGUCUUAGUAAUAGCAUCUGUAUUAAAUCAGUUGACCUGUCAUAAAUUCCUGUAGAUGUCAAACACCCUUCUUCUGUUAAGAUUGCUAGAAUUAGUAAGGUUUUUAAUCAUUUUCAUUUGAUUCUGUGGCUAUGUCCUAAUCAGCACAUGUUUUCUGAUAGCACUGGAGAGAUAUUGCACUUUGCACACUAUACAAAACAAUGGAUUUUAUUUCCAAAGAACAUUUGAGCUGGACUUUUGAGGGUAAAAUCUUGGCUCCAAUGAAGUGAACGGGAGUUUUGCCACCAUCUUCAAUGGGGCCAGGAUUUCACUCAGAGUAAAGCUUUGCUUUGGGGGAAGGGAAAGUGGAGUCAGAGAAACUGAACAGAGUAUUUUGCUUCUCGGUUUUUUACUCUACAAAGCAUUAUUGAGUAUGAAUACCCUCAUAGCAAGUGCUCUAGGGUUCUCCGCAUUUAACUCUCAAGGAUUGCACCUCUUAGUGGUAACACUUAAAAUAAACUCUUUACUAACUAGUUGGGUAUUCAUAAUGCCCUUUUUAGGUAUUCAUGCAGAUUAUGUAACACCAUAGAAGUUUCAUUGCAAGUUAGAUUUCGUGUUCACUUACUGCAGUGUUAUCUUGAUAAAUUAUGCCUUUUAUAUGUAUAUUGGUCUUGAAAUAACAGUAAAAAACUGAAUCAGUUGUACACAUUUUUAAAAAUUCUUGAAGCCAUGACUACUUUACUGCUUUGCUGUAAGUAUUUGGGUUCCUUUGUUAUAGAAUUUAAAAAAAAAUUAAGCUACCCGUCAUUUUAUACUCA